AUGCCAUGCUGGAACCCCAUACCGUCGGCAACAUGCCACGAGCAGUCCACGGACACGGAAGACCAGCCAUCAGACAACCGCAAAACCAAUGGCUACAUUUUCAAGAGAGACGUUGACUGGCCGGGCGGCGGAACACGCUACAUUCCCAAAAUCUGCCAUGCCAUGCCUCUCUAUCCCAAGACGUACGGCCUAAGCUGCGAUCGGCCAAACUGUCAACAUUGUCACCCCGAGACCGCUGCCGGUCUUUCGAAUCCGUAUUACCGACCGUCGCCUCCCUGGAGACCAAACGACGGUCGCCACUAUUAUGGGUACUCCUAUAGCCCUCCGCCUGGGACAUGUUUGGUCGGCCGGAAGGGCUGCAGGCCAGAGAAAAUGAUUUGGAUCCGUCCCAAGAAGAAACAAAAUGUUGCCAAGGAUGAGACACGCAGGCGGGCUGCCAGAACUGAGAAGGCGGUAGAGGAAGAGCAUGACGAGAGCAAGCGUGAUAAGACUCAAGAGGCCCAGCAAGUGGGAGGCGUCGACGUCUAG